CGACAAUGGCAGAUGAGCCUAAUGAAGUAACCCAAUUCCUAAAAGUGGGCACUGCAGAAAAGGAUGAGAAACGGGAGUUAUCCGCCGCAGAUACCCUAUGCGGCUUUGGCAUAUUCAAGGGUCCACGCAUACAAAGCUGGGCUACGGAGCACAUGUUUAUGGUGCUCUUUGGCAUCGCCGGUUCCUUUAUAGGCAUGGCAUUUUCCUAUUUCAAUGGCACGAUUACUACGCUGGAGAAACGCUAUAAGAUACCCACCAAAACAUCGGGCCUCAUAUCGGUGGGCAACGAUAUAAGCACAACGUUGACUUGCGCCUUUUUGGGCUACUAUGCGGGUCGUGGACAUCGACCGAGAUACAUUGCCCUAGGUCUCUUCAUCUUGGCGAUCUUCUGCCUGCUGAUGGCAUCUCCACAUUUCAUCUACGGCGCUGGCGAGGAUGCCCUAAAGCUCACACAUGAAUACGUGAAUACGAGCUACUUCAAUGCCACCCAGGAGGAUCCCACGCUCUGUCAAUCCCGUUUGCCCGACUGUGUGCAGGCUGCAAGUCAAUGGGCGCCCAUCAUUUUGCUAUUUGUAGCGCAAUUCAUAUCUGGAAUCGGCUGUUCGCUCUUCUACACACUGGGUCUGUCCUAUAUGGAUGACAACUCAACGAAGUCCAAGUCACCCGCUAUGCUAAGUUGGUCCGCUUUUCUGCGCAUGUUGGGUCCAGCAUUUGGGUACUCCUUGGCCUCCGUUUGCCUGCGUUUCUAUAUAGAUCCGCAGCUGAAGCCGCUGAUCAGCAAUGAGGAUUCGCGUUGGUUGGGCGCCUGGUGGCUGGGCUGGAUUAUAUUGACGAUCAUAAUGCUGAUCUCUGCCUUUUUCCUAUACCUAUUUCCCAAAGAGCUGCCCAGUGCCAGAGCUCGACGACUGAAGGCAAAUGAAGCUGAUGCUGUCGUUCACUCAUUGACAGAGCUUUCGCUCUCCGAUAUGUUGCAGUCUGUCAAACGAUUGGCCAAAAACAAGGUAUAUGUCUAUAACAACAUUGCCUCUAUACUCUACUUCUUUGGCUACACGCCCUAUUGGAUCUUUACGCCCAAAUAUAUUGAGACACAAUACCAGCAAUCGGCAAGUACAGCGACCAUGGCAACUGGCACUGUUGCUUUGGCCUUCUCGGCAGCCGGGGUCUUGCUCUCCGGCUAUGUAAUCUCCAAAUAUAAGCCGAGUGCCCGGGCAAUGGCCGCUUGGAAUGGCAUCGUUGAUAUAUUUACGGUAAUGGGCAUCUUGUGCUAUGUGCUCAUCGGCUGUGCUGAUAGCGAUAAGACGACAUCCAUGUCGCCCAGCACACCUGACAGCUGCACCGCCUCCUGUCACUGUGAAUAUGUGCACUACGCGCCCAUCUGCGGUCCAGAUAAUGUUACCUAUAUAUCUGCCUGUCAUGCUGGCUGCAACAGUAAACUGAAGGAUGAACUGGGUCGACUCACCUAUACGGGCUGUAAGUGCAUUGGCGCCAUCGAUAUCGCAAAUGUUACAGAGCUCCAAUAUGCGCGGCAAGGACCCUGCCCGGUGGAUUGUUAUAAGCAGUUUCUCAUUUUCCUAGGCGUCAUGUGUUUUCUGAAGUUUGUGGGCGCCUCCGGUAGAACGGCCAACCUAUUGUUGGCCCUGCGCUGUGUGUCCUCCGAGGACAAGAGCUUUGCCCUGGGCCUGGGCAACGUCAUUGUCUCCAUAGUCAGCUUUAUACCUAGUCCCAUUCUGUUUGGCUGGAUUUUGGAUAGCUAUUGCGUAGUCUGGGGCAAAACGUGCGGCAGCAAAGGCAACUGCUGGCUCUACGAUACCAAAUCUCUACGCUACACUAUAAAUCUCUUAGCUGCUGCGUUCAUAUUUGCUGGCAGUUUUUGGAACAUUGGCGUCUGGUAUCAUGCCAAAGAUUUGCAGAUAUUCGACGAAGAGAUAAAGCCCAAAAAAGACUCGCAGCUUGAAUUAAAUGAAUUAUCCAGCGAGAGAAAACAAAACUAAUGUUUGAUAUGUAAAUAUUAAAGAACUUAAGCAAAUAUUAAAUACGAAGUCGGAGGUUAAUUUAAUGAUUUGUGGUCUGAAAAUCUUAUCAACUUUGUCUCAGAUAAGCAGAGCAGCACGCGAGUUUCAAAGAGGUGUUAAAAGUUGACUUUUAUAAUCUACCUAAGAG